AUGACCUCGCUCAACUCCCUCCAUGAUACCUUGUCACCCCUCCUAUCGCCCCUUCACCCUUCUUUCCCGUUCGCGCCGAUAGAUAUCAUAGGUGCGAUGAGAUUGUCAUCCGUGAUCAACUGGAUAGCUACCGGUGUAUUCGACCCUCAGCCGACAGGUAAAGGCAAGAAAGGGAUCAAGAAAGAGAGAGCAAGUAUAUGGCAGGAGCUGGCUGGAUUGAUGAUCGUUGUAUUUGGGGGUGAAACAUUUCUAGCGAUGUGUACUGGAACCACACCUUCCUGGCUUGUCACUCCGAAUAUAGUUGUGUUGUUCUGUGCGAUACAUAUACUGCAAACUCGAACACCCUUCAUUCAUCUACUCCCUACCCGCCCUUCUCUCCCCUUAGAACUCCUACUAGCCAUCCCAGACGCUAUAGGUCGUACCCUCCUCCUAACCCGCUUCUCCAUCAUCCCCCUCCUUUACCCCUCCUCUCCAUCGGUUAAAACUCUACCGGCAACCUCAAUUAGCUUGGUCUUAGUUCCGUUCAUACUAGCAGUCCCGUUCGCUUCUAUCGCAUUCAGCACAUUCAACUUCUUCUCGCCUACACUCAAACUCACUACGCCCGUAGAACUGAAAUCUCAGGGGUGGAUGUUGGUCGACACAUGGUGUCCUCUCUUGAUCUCACCUCUGUUCCUGACUCUCAUCGGACCUGUCGAAGGAUGGAAUAUAGGAUCGGGAUGGGGAGAGCACGAAAGUGUCAUCUGCUGUAUGGUGGUCCUAUGGGCGUGUUUCACGGGUAGAGCGGUUUAUAAUUUUGGGUAUAGGAGGGAUCAUUGGUCAGAGAUGUUUGGCGUAAGAGGGGAGAAGAAGAAAACGGAGUGA